AUGGACUUUCUAUUUGGGCGACGAAAAACACCGGCCGAGCUUUUGAGGCAAAAUCAACGGGCACUCAAUAAGGCAAUCCGCGAAUUGGAUCGGGAAAAGAGUCGAAUGGAGAUGCAAGAAAAGAAAGUGAUUGCUGAAAUCAAGAAAAUGGCGAAGAUGAAUCAAAUGGACUCCGUGAAGGUGAUGGCCAAGGAUCUUGUGAGAACGCGACGAUACAUCAAAAAGUUCAUCGUGAUGAAGGCGAAUAUUCAAGCAGUAUCUCUAAAAGUGCAGACAUUGAAAAGUCAAGAUGCGAUGGCCCAAGCGAUGAAAGGUGUCACCAAGGCAAUGCGCAGCAUGAACAAGCAGAUGAAUCUCCCUCAAAUUCAACAAAUCAUGAUGGAAUUCGAGAAACAAAGCGAAAUUAUGGAUAUGAAGGAAGAAAUCAUGGGAGAUGCGAUCGAUGACGCCCUCGGUGAUGCAGAGGAUGAUGAGGAAAGUGAUCAAAUUGUGAAUCAGGUCCUUGACGAACUCGGAAUUCAAAUGGGAGAAGAACUUGGCGGUUUGGCGGCUCCUUCUGGCCGAAUCGGCGUUAACGAAGGUGCUGGUGCGUCUCGUCAACCGGUGGCUGCUGGUGGAAGUGGUGGUGGACAUGAUAUCGACGAUGAUCUUCAAGCUCGAUUGGAUCAAUUGAGAAGGGAA